ACGCUCCCUGCUGUUUUGUAGCCGCUGACGCUCUUACUGCUGCUGAAACGAGUCAGCAUCUCUGCUAUAUUAUUUUGCCUCCGCAACUGUGCGUGAAAGGAAGCCCGAAACUUUUUAAUGGGAAUUUAAUUGGCUCAAACAUUAGUGGACACACAUUUGGGCAAUUUUAUUCGGCAAGAUGGGGUUGUUAAAUGAAGACAUUGCAUUCCACUCUAGCAUACCGGCACCACUGGAUAUAACUGUGGCCGUGGUCUACUCUGUUUUUGGAGUAUGUUCACUAUUUGGCAACAGCACACUGUUGUACAUCUCUUACAAGAAAAAGAACGUCCUGAAACCCGCUGAGUACUUCAUUAUCAACCUUGCUGUCAGUGACUUGGGCCUGACUCUGUCCCUCUACCCCAUGGCGAUAACUUCAAGUUUCUAUCACAGGUGGCUGUAUGGGAAAACAGUAUGCUCCGUAUACGCAUUUUGUGGCAUGUUGUUUGGCAUCUGCAGUCUGACCACUCUCACCCUGCUAAGCAUGGUGUGCUUUGUGAAAGUAUGUUAUCCGCUCUACGGAAACAGGUUUAACUCUGUUCACGGCCGUCUGCUUAUUGCCUGCGCUUGGGUCUACGCCCUGCUGUUUGCAUGCUCCCCACUGGCCCACUGGGGGGAGUAUGGACCAGAGCCUUACGGCACUGCCUGUUGCAUUGACUGGCGCCUGUCCAAUCAACUCAGCACAGCACGAUCUUACACUGUGGCACUGUUCAUCUUCUGCUACAUCCUUCCAUGCUGUGCUAUUUUAGCAUCCUACACAGGAAUCCUGGUCGCAGUGCAUGCAUCUCGCAGAGCUAUGGAGGAACAUGCAUUGAGGCCGACUCACAUGAGCAGCAUCCAGAUAGUUAUUGUUAAGCUGAGUGUGGCUGUCUGCAUUGGUUUCUUUGCGGCAUGGAGUCCGUAUGCUGUGGUAUCCAUGUGGGCUGCCUUUGGACACGUCGAAAACAUCCCUCCCAUGGCAUUUGCCAUGCCAGCCAUGUUUGCAAAGUCCUCUACCAUCUACAACCCGAUCAUCUACCUGAUGCUAAGACCAAACUUCCGCAGGAUGGUAUGCAGCGAUCUGGGUGCACUAUGCCAGGUCUCUAUGAAGGGCUGCAUCUGCAGCCAGUGCCAAGUAAAGUGCUGCUUAAAGCCAAAGAUCAGGGUCAGACUUCGUGCAGUCCAAAGACAGACCAUUCACUUUGCUUCAUCCAACUCCCCUGCUCAACCACCAAUAGUGACAUUAAAGGGUCAGAGCUGUGAGAAGGGCAAGGAUGUGUUUGAGUGCUUCAAACACAGCCCUCAAAUAUUUGGUGUCACUAAGCCAGCUGCCAGUGGAGAGUUAUCACAGGAUCGAGGCAUUCCAGUUCCUCUAACGCACGUGCAGGACGCAAAAAGUGAGUGCCGAAAAGAGAAAUCCCUUAUAGCCACCUCAUGGGGGAAAAGAACUUUAGAAACGGAUAAUUUCUGUAUCAAUUUGGAGAUGGUUCAAAGGCAUGCAAAAGUGGCCUGGCCCUGAUAUUUGUUUAUAUUUCUGAGCAUAUUCACAAACUGUAUCAAUAUUUUCAGGCAUUAAUGAUACAUACCUGAAGUGUUUGAGCAACAACCAUGUCAUAUAUUUAUUUAUUUAUUUAUUUAUGCUUCUUUAACUUCUCUUCCUAUUCAUGAAAAAUGUGCCAAGCUGCAUGGCCCAGAUGACUUUACUUGGGGGGUUUCCACCAACUGAAAUAACUUCCCAGGGAAAUGUAUUAGUUUCAGAUACUUUGAAGGUAUUCGGUCAAUAGCGAUGCACUUUUUAGGUGUUGCUCUGGGUUUCAGUGCAGCUAAAUAUGUAAAAUGCAUUAAAAUAUUCCUCCACCUCAAACACUCCUCCAAGCACUGAUGGAAAAAACACACCUACAUUUUGAUUCCACAUUGGCUAGGUAAUACAAGUGGAAUGUCUCUGUAAAUGUUUAAAAUCCUCAUUAAUUCAUUUCUAUUUUCUAGGCUUUACAUCUCUAGAAUUUGGUGUUCAUAUUUGACUAUUCUUCUGGCUAACAGUGCUCUCCAGUUAAAGGUGAAAUUAUGCACUCUAAGAGAAGUGCUAUGCAAAUAGCUGUCAGCCUUUUACUAUUAAAAUAUUAGUCAUUUGUUCCAGGUAGAAGAAAAACUUUAGUUUGACCUUUGGAAAUUCAGUAUGUAUGACACGUCCAACAUACUACUUUAGUAUGUUUGGGAAGCAUUUAUUAUGAAUGUAUUACGUAUCGUUAUCCCAUAGCUAUAUUGAGUUAAGCUAUUUAUAAUCAUGGCUCUGUGUAUAAAAGGUAUUCUGUGAUUUGCAAGGUAAUUGUUUUUCCUUUGAUUAUUUAUCACAGCAGCACACCCCUGUGUAUAGAUAGAAACUGAGAGUCAGCACUUCCUUUACUGUAACAUUACAAACAGUGUUUACACUGACCACUUGCAGGUACUAUAAUAGUGGAUGGUGCUUUGUGAACUAUCUAUGUAUGUGAUCUAGAAAAUGAAAUAUUUGUGCAGAAUACUGUUUUUAAGUUAUUGUACAGUCUAUCUCAAUAACACAAACUUCAAAUCAGUCUGAGUAGAGAAUACUCAAUACUCAAAAUAUUUUAUGCAACAAUAUUUUUUUUUUACUUGUAUAUGAGCCACUUCAUUAGGUGUAUAUGUAUUCAACUGCUUUGUCAUGCAAAUACCCAAUAAGCCAGUUACAUGGGAGCUAUUCAAUACAUGGUCAAGACAACCUGCUGAAGUUUAAACUGAGCUUGAGAAUAGGAGAGACAGGUGAUUUAACUGUGUCAUGGUAGAGAUGGGUGCCAUCUGUAGGGUUUACAGAGAAUGGUCUGAAAAAGAGAAAGGAUCCAGUGAGCCGCAGUCCUCUGGGGAAAAAAGGCCUUGUCAGAGGAGAAUAGCCAGUCUGCUAUGAGCUGACAUUAUGGCAACAGUGACUUAAAUAACCUCUUGUUACAACCAAGGUAUGCAGAAGAGAAUCUCUGAACACUGAAGCAGAUGGGCUUAUCAUACUGUGUGUCACUUCAGCUAAGAACAGGAAAAAGGCUACAAUUCACUUACCUAAAUUAAAAAAUGGAAAACUGUGCAUCCCUUUAUGAGCACAGUGAACCCAUCUCCUGAUGGCUGCAUCCAGCAGGAUAAUGCACCAUGUUAAAAAGCCCAGAUCAUCUCAAGCUGGUUUCUUGAACAUGACAGUGAAUUCACUGUAUUCAAAUGACCUCCAUAAUCACCAGAUCCCAAUCCAGUAGAGCACCGUUGGGAUGUGGUUGAAUCUGUUCUGUAAAGUUAAUAUGAAUCUGAAUCUGGACAGUUACCCAGGACCAAACAGACCAUUUACAUAAAGCUUCGUUUUUAGAUUCAUAGCUGAUGUUCCUUUACAUGAGGUCAUCCAAAGAAUCUACAACAACUUCAUCUAAAUAAAAUAUUGUUGUUGGUUUUUUUUUGCUCCCUCCCAUAUAUGUUUCUUUUUUAUGACCUGUGUACAUAAGUACAUAAUCAGAUAGUCUACCGACCCUGAGAGUACUAUUUAAACAUCUUCAAAUCUGAAACUAAACCUGCAUUUAUAUGUAAUAUAAGUAUGUAUAUGUGCAUUUGUAGCUCAGAGCAUUAUCACUAAACCAUCGACUUCAGGGACUGAUGUCGUAAAAGUACACUAGCACCAUGUCGGUAAUUCAUUAGAAAGUCCAUCAAAACAUGAGUUUGAAUUUCUUUUAGCUUUUUAUAGUCUGGAUUGCUCAGUUCACUCAGAGAUCACUCAGGUCCAAUGCUUUGACUCACAAUUUUUUAUUGUUAAGAAAGUGACCUGUGUUUCACAUCUCACCAUGUAACCGGGUAGUUUUAGCAUAAGCUGACAGAAAAAUAAACACACACUGCGGUACACAAUAUUUACUUGGAAGGAAAAUGUGUUUUUCUGUGACAUAAAGUGUUGUGCAAAAGUCUCAAGCCACCCCUCAAUUCUUUACAUUUUGCUAGAAACAAGAGAACAGUGUAGAGCGAUUUACUGAAAUGUGCAAACAUGGAAAUACAGUAUAGGAGGCAAAAACAGAGUUUAUACAAUUCUAAUGAUCUUAAAACCAUGACUGAGAUAGAUUGCUGUAAACAUCUGUAAAACAUCUCACUUGGUACAUAUUGAUUUGAGCCACAAAUUUUAAAUUUGGAGCCACUGAUUUUCAACCCAGUUCUUGCGUUUUUGUCAUACCUCAGCCUUUUUGUCCCCAUUCAUCUGCUGUAAAUGUAUAUUUUUUAGGCGUGCCACUUCAGUGUUUGUCCUCCAUUUAUCCAGUUUGCUCAUAUUUUUUUAAGGACAGAUGCCACAUCAUACCGAGAUAUUAUAAGUUUUCAGCUAACUGCUCUUUGGAAAUCCCCUCGUUGGUGCAAAAAACUAUUUUAUGCCUGUCUAACUGCUUUAUCUUUGGUCUUUUUCACAGAUCCAGAUAAAAUGUGAAAAACAUUUUAUAAAAAACUAGUAAAAAACAGCUAGUAAAAAACACACAUGUGCCUAAAGAUACAACUAAAAAUAGUUUCUUUCCUAGGGUGUCUGUUAUGUGUCCCUUGUGUUAGGUGCAUUUCUUAUACUUGAAUUAUUCAUUCUGCAGCGUCAGGUGAGUUAAAAAACAAGAAAAACAUUCCUCUGAAAGUGGUCAGGUACAAUGACUGGACUGAAAAUGAGUGAAAAGUAGCCCGUGGCAAAAGAAACACAAAAUAAGACUUUCAGAAAGCCCAGAGAACUUUAGCUCAGGACAAAUUUUUAAAAAUUACAUGAACGUCUGGCUCUUUUGACGCACAAUAUGAAGAGUGGCUCAAGAAUUUUGCACAGUACUGCACUGGAGAAUGACACACUUAAAAAUUAAAGCCUGUUGCUGUUUUUAAACAUAUGAUAUAGUGACCGCUCGGGACUAGUUAUCAGUAACUAACUUCAUCAACAUAUUUGUCAGAGGAUAACAGCUGUAAUGAAUAUGAUGAAGAAUCUGCUAAACUAAAACAUUAUUCGAAGUUUGAAAAAAAAGGAGGUUUUUAAUUGAUUAGUGCAAAAUGUAAAAAACCAAGAUUUUUUCAAGGUCACACUGUCGCGUUGAAACACACAUACACAGUUUAUUCUGGAAGUAAAACUACAUUACGCUUUGGAAACGUGUGAAUAUAAGGACUUUUCAUACAUGCACGAAGUUCUUUUGUAAUGCUGAAAUGUAGUUUGUAUGAAGAUGAAGAAAGA